AACCUGCCCGCCCAGCCGGCCCCCCCUUCGUGCAGGGAGCGGAGCUCGGCGGGGCGGGAGGGGGGCAGCGGCGGCGGCGGCGAAGCAGCAGCAGCGAGGAAGGCGAGGGGGGAGGGCGAACCCCUCUCGCCUCUCCCCGCGGAGCCGCUGUCACCGUUCCUGCUGGGGCGCCGCCGCCUGAGAGGGAAGAGGGAGAGCGCCUCAAAGGCGGCGGCGGCGGCGACGACAACGACGACGACGGUUCCUCUUUCUCCUCACCCGACAGCAGCAGGAGCAGCAGCGCAGCCGCCGCCGCCGCCGCCGGAGAGACUUGGCCCCGCGCUCUGCCCAUCCACCGCGCUCCAGGUGCCGCCGGCCGCAGGAGGGACAGCGAGGAGUCGCGCCACUAUCGGGAGCUGCUGCAGCAAGAGGACUUUCCUUUCCCCGCCGCCGCCGCCGCCUUCUGGCCAGGCCCCUCCUGCCGCCUCGGCUGGGCCUUCGCCUGAGUCGCCGCCGCCGCAGCAACCGGCCGUGGCAGCGGCGGCGGCACAAGGAGGACCAGCGGCGGCGGCGGCAUCAGCAGCAGGCCCUGUCCGCGGUGCCAGCCUUGCAACGCCUGCGAAGGGGGCAGCCGGGCUGCUUUCCCGCCGCCGCCUGGCUGCUCAGCCCGAGCCUCGGCGGGGAGAGGGGGCAGCCUCCUCCGCCAAGACUCGAGCCAUCUGCGCCCUGCAGCCGCCAGCGCCGCCGCCGUGCCUGUCCUCGCUGUUCCUGAGCGGCUCCCGGCUCCCAGACAUGACCGCCAUCAUCAAGGAGAUGGUCAGCAGUAGGCGAUACCAAGAGGACGGCUUCGAUUUAGACCUGACCUAUAUUUACCCAAACAUAAUUGCAAUGGGAUUUCCUGCAGAGCGACUUGAAGGAGUAUACAGAAACAACAUUGAUGAUGUCGUGAGGUUUUUGGAUUCAAAACAUAAAAACCAUUACAAGAUAUACAAUCUGUGUGCUGAAAGACAUUAUGACACCGCCAAAUUUAAUUGCCGAGUUGCACAGUAUCCUUUCGAAGACCAUAAUCCACCACAGCUAGAGCUUAUCAAACCUUUUUGUGAAGAUCUUGACCUAUGGCUUAGUGAAGAUGGCAAUCAUGUUGCAGCAAUCCACUGCAAAGCUGGAAAGGGACGAACUGGUGUAAUGAUUUGUGCAUAUUUGUUACAUCGAGGAAGAUUUCAAAAGGCACAAGAAGCUCUAGAUUUCUAUGGGGAAGUAAGGACCAGAGAUAAAAAG